CGCACGGCGAUUGUUGUGACAGAAGUGACUGCUAGAAGGAAAGUGUAUCUUGGCCCGUCCUCGUUGACGAGCAUUAAAGAAAAAUCUACAAAGAGAAUUCACGUCACCGGUCGAGCACUAGUGGCCGACUGGCGAUAUAACAAUAUCACGAUGAAGUUUCAAUAUAAAGAAGAGAAUCCAUUCGAGAAGCGUAAAACCGAAGGUGAGAAGAUACGUCGAAAGUAUCCGGAUCGAGUACCCGUGAUCGUAGAGAAGGCACCUAAGGCCAGGAUUAGUGAUUUGGAUAAACAGAAGUAUCUUGUGCCAUCUGAUCUAACAGUGGGUCAGUUCUACUUUCUGAUUCGCAAACGAAUUCAUUUGCGCCCCGAGGAUGCUCUGUUUUUCUUUGUGAACAAUAUUAUUCCACCCACAAGCGCCACUAUGGGAUCCCUCUACCAGGAGCAUCACGAAGAGGACUUCUUCCUCUACAUAGCGUACAGCGACGAGAACGUGUACGGCAGCAACUAGGAUUCAAACAGAAAUCAAGCUACAAGAUUAAACAACAAAAAGUAAUGCAAAAUAAACCCAUAACAAGAAAGAAUGAAAAAGUGUAAUAACAAAAAAAAACUCAAAUUAUCAAGCAGAAAAACAGUACCCGCUCUCGACAUCUUUAAGUGACCAGAAUACCAA